GGUUCCCACGGCGCGUGGCUCGGCGAGCCACGAGUAAAAUUCGCUGGCUUGGUAAACUACACGCGCCGUGGGAACGCUCUUGCGCGUCUAGGCGCGGUAUAGCUCGGCCAUGCUCGCGUCUAUCCGAAAAUUGUCGGUCCGAUGUGUCCGCGCCAAAGUAAACGAGCCGCGCAUUUAGACAGCGUUCCCACAGGCGUGCGGUUCGGCGAGCCAUUGAUAGUUGUUUCUAUACGUUUUUUGGUGUUUUAUUUUGCAAUUUGGUGUUUUUUAUUUUUUAAUCAUUAUUAAUAUUAAUUAUUAUCAUGGAAUGGUCAAAUGAUGAGGUAAUAGAGUUUUUGCAACUAUAUGAAGGAUAUCCACAAAUUUGGAACCCACGCCAUCCGGGUCAUAAAAAUAGGAAUAUAGUUCACGAUGCGUGGAAAGAAAUAGAAAACAAAUUAAGUGUCAAAACUGAUAUUACAGAAAUAAAAAAAAAAAAAGAUUCUCUAAUGGCUACUUAUAGAAAACUGCUAAACAAAGUCAAAGCAAGCAAGGGUACUGGGAGUGGUACCAAAGACGUUAUUCAGCCCGACUGGUUUGCCUACAAUGCAAUGUCAUUUCUGCAUGGGAUUUACGUUGCAAAAAAAACAAUUUCAACAGAGGCUGCUGUAGCUUCUUCCAUCAACCGUUUCAUGUAA